AUGGCUCGUUCCAGAGGAGGCGUUAGAUCCAGACCAGCUCCAGCUCAAAGCCGUUCGGCAUCGACCAUGGCUGCCCACCCAGCCCAACAGCAGCACGCUCCGCAAACUUCGGCUUACUCCCAGCCUCAGGCUGCUGCUCAGCCCCGUCAGCCUGGCCUUUUCUCGCAAAUGGCAUCCACUGCUGCCGGUGUGGCUGUCGGUAGUGCUGUUGGCCACACCCUAGGUGCCGGUCUCACUGGAAUGUUUUCCGGCUCUUCUAGUGCCCCAGCUGCCGAGCAGCAGCAGCAGAUGGUUGCCGCUCCAGCUCAGCAGCAGGGUUUCGCUCACGAACAGGCCAGAACCUGUGACGUCGAUGCCAGAACCUUCACUCGUUGCUUGGAAGAAAACAGCGGAAACAUGCAAAUCUGCGAUUUCUACCUGCAGCAGUUGAAGGCAUGCCAAGAAGCUGCCCGUCAUUACUAA